CAACCAUCCAUCUUCGACGACGAUCACGACCGUAACGAUUUUCACUACCCACCACUAUGUCUACCCAAACAGCGUCCUCUCAUGCUGUAUCAGCGGCCGCUCCUCCAUCUCCUCAGGAGGUCCACCGCAAGCUCUCGAUGACCGCUCCGGGACCCAUGCCGGUUCCGAGCCGUACUCCGUCUAAGCGUACCGUGCGCGCCCUUAGCGCUAUAAGCACUGGCGCCCCCGUCUACCCCAGCGCGUUCAGCAGCGAAUCCGACUCGGACACAAGCGCCAUGCAUUCCCCCACAGCAGCUCAUCAUACCAUCCCAAGCUUCAGUGAAGGUGGGAGCACUCUGGGUGUUAUCGAAGAGAGGGCGACACAGGACGGGAGUGAGUCAGAUGAGGAUGAGGAGGUCGAAGCGAGCGAGGGAGAGGUGGAUGAGGGCGGACUUCGAGAUGAACAAGUCAUAAAGGCUGGUUAUCUGCUCAAGAAGGGCGAGCGACGCAAGGCAUGGCAAAAGCGAUGGUUUGUGCUGCGUGGCGCCAAGCUAGCAUACUACAAGUCCGAUGCCGAGUAUCGUUUGCUGCAGUUGAUCCCCACAUCUAGUAUCUCCGCCGUCCAGCCGGUGACGCUCAAGAAGUAUGGACACGCAUUCGCGCUUAUCACCGCUUCACGCACCUACUAUCUCCGUGCGGAAACGGAGCGUGAAGCGCAAGACUGGGUGGCCGCCUUGCGCGAGAUCGCUCGAGAUGCCAAAGAGGAGGAAGCCGAAGAGCUUGAAAGUGCAAUGAACGUUGCAAGCCCAGCCUCCGUGACGAAUCAGUUGAGCGCACCGCUGCCGCCUCGUAUUUCCCUUAGCACAAAGCAUACGUCGCCCAUAUUAGGAACCAGCUCGGACUCAGACGAGCACCGCUCACCACAGUCUCCACCCGGACGGUCUCGAUCCAGCUCAACGGCUAUGGCUACUUCAUUGCCCACUGUGCCACCCUCGCCUGUCGCACCGACUCCCGCCUCUGCUCCGAGCACAGGGAUGCUUCGGAGUGUGUCUACGAAGCGAGACCCAAACAAGCCCAUCCUCCAAGGAUACAUGACCAAGAUGGGGAAGAGGAAGCAGUGGAGAAAGCGUUGGUUUGUGCUCAAGGAAUCGGGCUUAGAGUAUGGGAAGAGUCAUAUGGAUACCAGAUCUCACCGUUCUAUACCAAUCUCCCAAAUUCUUCACGCGGUCGAGUACGCCCCGCCCGAUCCGAAAUCACACCAUCACCUACCCCACCUGCCCCACUCCCCACCGGAGAAAAGCAUCAUCGACACUUCCGGUCUCGGCCCCGAGGAGGCACACAUCUUCAAAGUCAUCACUCCUGAGCGCGCAUAUAUUCUAUGUGCGCCGAGCGAGGACGAGGAGAUCAAGUGGCUCAGUGCGCUGCGGGCUCUGAUUGAAAGGACGCGCGGCGCUGGUGGGGUGUAAGAUGCUCAUCGUCUCUGACUUUUCGCGGCUUUCCGUGUCUCGCUCAUGCAACUCGCAACGACCGCAAAACCCUUCUGUGUCUCGACUAUACUCCCCCUUCUGUGUUGGGUACCAUAUCGUGAGCGUUGUUGGAAUGAUGGAACU